AUGAACGCUGUGAGGUCUGCCUUAUCACAGUUAGUACACAUUUCCUCAGCGGUUUCAUUUGGAGAACUUCCUAUUGUUAAGCAGUUUCUAAAAGAAGUUUUUCAACAAAAACCUGCAUUAGCAAGAUACACUGUCACUUGCGACCCUUCUAUGUUGUUAAACCAUUUGAAGAGUUUAUCCUCAGUUAAAGAAUUAUUACUGAAAAUGUUGACGUACAAGACUGUUACCUUACUGGGAAUUUUAUCAGCACAGAGGUGUCAAACCCUUUAUUUUUUGGACAUUCCGAACAUGGUGGUGAACAAUUCCAUCGUCAAGUUUUCGAUUGGAGACCCACUAAAGCAAACCAAACCUGGUAAAUAUCUGCGUUACUAG